AUGGUUGCCAAACCAAGGUGGUCUGCAAGCUUCCCAUUUAAAUAUACUAUGCUUGUAGCGUACUUCAUGACUAUAUUUCCUAACACAGUCAAGUGCACUUUUGUAAUUACAAAUGACAUACACAUUUCAAUAGAAAUGGCAGAACAGUACCUAUAUUUUCGUUUACCAUGAAUGCGUGUCAGUCUAUUAAAGCUACUUUUAGCCUGGCAAGGGUACAGCUAUGUCAAAUUACCCAAGUAAAUAUCAAUACAUAUUAAAUGUUUAAAAGCCUUAAGGUCUAUUUCUAGUUGUCUGAGGUGAAUUGAACUGUUAUUUGAACGCACAAUAACGAUAUCUAAUCAAGAUCUCGUGCUACCUCGGACUGUUCUUACCUAAAAUGUUUACUUUUAUGUAAUUUUGAAUGUCCUGUCCAAGUAGCCCAGAAGGGCGGAACAAAAAUGAAGGCAAGGAGAAAAACACGCAGGCUGUGUUUCAAAACGUACUGAGCCGCCUAAAGUAGACAGCCUUUUUCGCACCGAGGGCGUGCUCAGAAUCCGUUCAGCUAAAUGAACUAAACCGCUCUCGAACAUUUUGAAGUCAAUUCAAAAAGCGCUACGAAUGCUGUCUAGUUAGGCGACUCGCUAUGUUUUGGAACACCGUCUUGUUCUCAUGAAUCCCCAUUGGUCAGACUAAAGCUCCUGCUGCCACAAUACUGCACACACGUGACCCAGCUUUUCUGUACACACACACACACACACACACAGUAAAACACAGCAGGCACUUAAAAGCCAGCGCAUGGCGCUUUGACCACCAAUUUCACCCUAUAUCCAAACAAUCACUAUGAACCCUCUCCGUUGACAAACACGCACUAUCCCACGGCUAAUGGCGAGCGCGCUGCAGAUGAAGCCCUCCAGUCUGGAGCACACACGGAAGCGCGUAAUAGAUCCACGACGGAGACAAGCUGCACUCUCAUUCCUCAGCAACAUCUCUCUGGACGGACGACCCGUGCAGGAUGACGGGGAGAAUCAGACCGAGGACGAGGACAGCCCCAGGACUAGACAGAGCCUGGUUUCUGCAGUGGGCCAGCAGGCACUGGCCGCAGCAGCGAACCAGGCUCUCAGCUGUGCCCGAGCUACCCCCUCCUGCAUGGGCUGCCACUUUCCACCAGGAAGACCAAAACCUUUAGAAGCACUGCCAAGAGCAGCCUGUGAAGAGAGAGUGUGCAAUGUAGUUCUGUCUCUCAUAUGCCGAACUUUAUCUGGUUCACCCAGACCAAAGAGUUUCAAGAAGGUCCAUUUCAUCAAAAACAUAAGACAACAUGAUAUGCGCAAUGGAAGGAUAGUCCUUCUCAGUGGCAGAAGAUCCUUCUAUAGUGUUUUUUCUGUCCUGCCCUAUCGAGAUUGUAGCCAAACAGGGGAUGUGAAGGCAGAAAGUGGACGCCAGCGACACCCCUCGGGUGGCAUGAGUGCCAAGGAGAUGGUGAUCGGCCUGGAUGGUGUUGAAUUGGGUGCAGAUGGCAAGACAGUGUCAUACACACAGUUCCUUUAUCCAACCAAUGCUCUGGGUCGUCGAAACACCAUCGACUCCACGUCGUCUUUCUCUCAGUCUCGCAAUGCCAGCCACCGGAGCCUCAGCCUGGCACGUGCCAACAGUAACCAGAGUAGCCUUGAUACCGGGAAUGAACUGGGAGAUUUCAGGGAGUACGACCCCAAUCUUCUGGAUGACCCGCAAUGGCCGUGUGGAAAGCACAAAAGAGUGCUUAUCUUUCCUUCAUACAUGACCACAGUCAUCGAGUAUGUCAAACCUUCUGAUCUCAAGAAGGACAUGAAUGAGACUUUCAAGGAGAAGUUUCCUCACAUUCGUCUAACACUGAGUAAGAUCAGAAGCCUGAAGAGAGAGAUCCGUAAACUAGCUCAGGAGGAGUGUGGCUACGAGGAGUCCACGGUGGCCAUGGCCUUCGUUUACUUUGAGAAGCUGGUGCUCCAGGGUAAACUCAACAAACAGAACCGCAAACUCUGCACGGGGGCCUGCGUCCUCCUCGCAGCCAAGAUCGGAGGAGACUUAAAGAAACACGAGGUCAAGCUUCUGAUUGAUAAACUGGAGGAGAGGUUUAGGGUGAACCGUCGAGAGCUGAUAGCCUUUGAGUUCCCCGUUCUCGUGGCUCUAGAGUUCAACCUGCAUCUUCCAGAGCAUGAAGUCAUGCCCCAUUAUAGACGCCUUCUGCAAAACUCCUAGAGACAGCCCCAUCAGGGGAGAGUCCUCCUUCUCUCCUGAUCUUCUCAUUCCAGAAACCCCCUAUGCACAUCGCCAACGUCCACGAUCAUCUCCAGAUGUUGGAAUAAAGACACUAUUCCACUGUUCUCUUUUCAGCCAAAGUGACAACUCUAUAUUGAACGUUUGUUUCCGCUCCAAGAAGCUACUUUCUAAAGGGAGUACCUUUUCCUGGACUGUUGAUUUCUCAGUUUACUGAGGACAUUUUAAAGUGUUAAUUUUUUUCCCACUUACAGGGUUGUAAGUGUUAAAGUGUCAAGUGUUAAAAGGACUAGCAAAAAUUCUGUCAUCAUUUGCUCACCCCCAUCAUUCUCAAUUUGUGUGCUGUUAUUUUUUUCCGUGAAACACAAAAAGAAAACUUUUGAAGAAUCUUCCUGUUGUUCUUUUCCAUACAUUGACAGUUUUUAGUGACAAUGGCAGUCAAGCUCCAAAAACACACCAUAAAAUUCUUCUGAAGCCAUACAACAACUUUUUGUGAAGAGAAUCAUUUCUAUAAUUUCUGAGGGAUGGUUCACCCAACAAUUAAAAUCAUUCCAAACGUGUAUAACUUUCUAAGUUUUUGUCUAUACAAUGAAAGUCCACUGGGUCCAAGAAAUAUGGAUAAGACAUUUUUCAAAAAUAUCAACUUGUGUUCCAAAGAGGAAGGAAAGUCAUCCAGGUUUGGAACGAGUAGAUGAUGACAGAAUUUUCAUUUGUGUAAAAUAUCCCUUUAAACAUUAUUAACUGAAAAUUCACCAAAACACUGAAAUUUCCAUUGUGUUCCUUGAAAAAAGAACAUCAUGACGGAACUUUUAUAGUUUGACUUCACAAAACUGGCCAUUUCUAUCAAGUUUGGACUGUUUGAUUUCCCAUUCUUUCUAGAGGUUACAGUAUUCCUGUAUUUUUCCAUUCUUCAUAUUUCCUUAAUCCCAGACAGGGCCGUCCUUAGCUGAUGCGGGGCCCGGUGCGAGGUAGAGAGCGGGGCCCCCCUCGGUCCGUUCGCCAUGGGGCCCGGUGCGACCGCACCAGUUGCACCCCCCUAAGGACGGCCCUGAUCCCAAAGUUUGACACUGCCAAAUCUGACUAAUUCCACUGCACUCGAUCACUCUCGGUUGAAAGCCUUAAAAAAAUAGUCGAAUGAUCCUGAACUCUGGCAAGUAUGUGACUGUUCCUUAUGUACGACAAGUGCACUUUUCAAGUCUUGUGAAUGGCAGACCUUUAUGGCAUCUCCAGAAAGCUGUAGGUGGAGGGGUUUUCAUCUCAUUUCAAUUCAUUUCAGCCAGCAGUCCCUCUGUUAGUGUAACCACCAAGCAAAAAUAUGUUGCAGACAGAAACAGCGGCAUCUGUGGUGGGACUUUUAUACAGUUCUUAAGGGGUACAUUUACGUACCCCUGUCGUUGUUUUUUACCCUUGUGUGUUGACAGUUUCAUGUGGUGUGGCUUGCUGCACUCAUGGUUACUGUGGUCGUGCUCUAUGUUAGAGUGGAUUCUGAGCACAUUUGUAGUGCUACACUGUAUGAAGCAACAUCAGGUCAUAACGCUAUUUUGCCUAACUAGGCUCAACAGUGGCGGUAAUAAAAUGUGUAUGACUAAUAUGCUACGGUGUUGACUAAUGCAUGUACACCAAAGCAGUGUUAAACUUGCGUUUGACUUGUAAACGCUUCUUUUUGAGAAUAUGUUUUGAUUUGAUGAUUGUUUUAAAUCAGUUUCCUCUGAACCAGAUAUUUUCAAUCACCAUCGGUGGUACAGAAUUGUGUGUAUGCUGAAUUUUAUCUCACAGCGCACAGACUGUUACUACAUUCAUAAUCCCAUUUUUAAAUAUGUAAAGUGUAUAACGUUCACUAUGCACUACUCAGUUCCAUAAAUCGGUUAUAAACAACAGUUAGAGAUUGAUGCAAAAUCAAAUCAGUUGAGAAGUAUCUAAUAGCAGGAGUUAAACUUACUUUUAGAAGAGUAAUGGCAAACUUGCAUUUAGCCAUUUAACUCUAAAAUAAAUAAUGCCUAGAAUGUGAAGAGUUAUAAAAGAACAAGAUUUGGCCUUGUGAAAUGCACUUUAGGAUUUGUUAGCAAGUGACUGGGAUGCCCAAAACAGAUGAAGCAUUUGUACAAUGCAGAUACAUUUGUGUAAAUAUGCUGCUUUGGUUGUUCAAUAAAAAGC